GUCUCUGGCUCUGAAAGAACCAACUUCAAGGCAUCUGAUCACCACCUUGAUAACUGACAAAAUAGGGAUAGUUGGCUUUCCCACAACUCUCUGAACUGCAAACUAGCAAGCCCCCUUUUUGCAUAAUCUAGGGUGUGGUGCAAAGCUAGAGUUAACAUGUAUGGGCUGCAAUACUCCACAUGACACUAGAUGGCAGCAAAGAGCUUGUCUUUCUGCUGUGCUCCCCUUGCUGUCCUGAUGCUUGCAGCUGAGACCUGGUUGCCCUAACAAACUGACUUUAGAACUGCAGUUCACAGGCAACUUUUGAGCUGCUGGGACUGCACUCAAGACUUUCAUGGCUACAUCAGCCCUGCAUUGUACAUCUCUAUUUAUUGCCUGGCCUACCUUGUAGGACAAUUGCAGGAGACACAUGUCCAUGGCCUAGAGGGAAUUUUGUUCAAUGACAUCCUUAUAGGUUUGGUGACAGUUUUGUUUUUUGUUUUUUUCCCAGUUAGUGGGAGGCAAGGAUAACUGUAAAUCAAUAAAUCCAGCCAGUGCGAACAACUUCAACAAUAAGUGAAAAUAAGGAUGGUGGAGGGAAACACUGAGCCCAGAAAUAAAUGUAUGGGGUGUUCAGAACCUGUCCCUAUUUUCAGUUGUGGAGUAGUAGGGAUGCUUGGUAGGAGGGGCUUCUGUUAUCACAAAAAAUAAAAAAUAAAAACUGAGAAACUGAAAUUACAUUAUCUGCUGUUAGGACAAAGUGCUUCCCUUACCAGUGUUGCCCCACCCAGUAGAGAACCAUCCCUCAGACAUAUUUAUUGCCACAUUUCCCCACACCACACACAUCAUAUUCUAAGAGGGGAACAGAGUAACCAUCUGUUGGAACCAAACCUCCAGACAACGAAGUUUCAGUCCAUAGCAAAGCAGUGGAGUCUGGAUUGAAAGUGCAACCUAGGAAAGAGGAAGAUCAGCAGGACUUUGGGAGAAUCUGAAAAGAGGAACCUGCAAGGCAGGUAUUUAUAGAACUACAAAGAAGGGAAGGAGAGGAGACCAGAUCUGCAAUAUGAGCAACCCAGAGAAUGAGAAGACAGCUCAUUUGAAUCAAGCCCCUUACCCUGGUCCGAUGAACUCAUCUGCUAGUCCACAACCUCCAAUGGGCUACGGGGCACCUCCCUCUAUGCCAAACCAAUACCAACCUUACGCCGGACCUCCCGGAGUCAUACCAGUCCAGCCUCAACAGACCAUCAUCAUCUCAAAUGUCCAGCCCGCCAAUGUACCAGAUUAUCUGGGCUACUCCAUCUUCACCCUCCUUUGCUGCUGCCUCCCCUUGGGCAUCGCUGCCUUGAUUUUCUCCAUAAAGACUCAAAAUGACAAUCAGCGGGGAGACUUCAUAUCUGCUCGGAAAAAUUCCAGGCUGGCACUCAUUUUGGAUCACACGGCGCUCGGGGUGGGACUUUCAACCAUCAUUCUGGUUAUUAUUUUGGCUAUUGUUUUAUCCACUGCAGCUGCUGCUGCUGCUGUCUCAACAUCAACGACUAAUCAGUUCGGCUCUGUACAAUUCAAACCCUAGAAGACACCGUAAUAUCCUAAACAACUUCCCUUCUCGGUACACAGAAGAGAAGUCAGAAAUCAACGCUAUCCAAACUGCAGUCAUAUUUUUUGAAUUAAGAUCAAUCUUGUAAAUCUCGUGGUACAGAAUCCAACCAUAGGCGUGUCCUUCAGACCUCCCAUGUUGUAAACUAGUUCACACAUGCUUGGUGGACCAGCAACAGGAGCUACCCCAUAUUCCAUUGGAGACAACAUUGGGCGGUCUGAAAAUUCUACUUAAUGGUAGCUCAAAUGACGAAUGCCAUAGGUGAUCCCGAAUUCUGAUCCAUAUCAACCCCAGGCUGAAAAAAGAGCUUGGGGAAAGUUAAAUUGAUCAGUUUCAAGGUCACAUGUGAAGCAUUGGCCCAUUUGAUGGUGAACACUGCUUAUAUUAAAAUAUAUGUAAUCAGUUCUAAAUCUCAUUAAUAUUAAAUGGACACAAUGUACCAGAUAUGAGGGCUGAAGUCUCAAAGCAUGAUUUGUUGGAAACCUACAAUAGGGAUAUUCCUCAUAUUUUCAUGGAGCAAUCUUCCAUAAGACAUUAUCAUUAGAUAUAAGACCUAAUGUCGUAAAUCAGAAGCGAACAACCUGGUACCUCAAGGCUUCACGUUGCCUUCCAAACCCUGACAAAUUUGACCUCAAAUUGUAAAAUUCAAUGUGAUCAUAGGAAUACCCCUAUCUCACCUAUCUUGAUUUCAUUGUCACAUUGCUCUUACGUUUAGAAAUUAUGUAUUCUUCAACCAGAAUCUGCAUUCCUGUGACUUAACAGCAUUAGUCUAUGUAUUGCAUUGAUUCAAUAAAAAAUAGGACUUUAUUCAAUGUAUGAAGUGUAAUCCUAUGAAUAUUUUUUGUUUAAUAUUAUGUAAGUUUAAUCAAAUAUACAGGUAGUCCCCAGUUUAAGAACGAGUUCCA